AAAUUUCAUGUGUAUUUAAAAAAUAUGAUCUAUGAACCAUCACACUUAUUUAUCUCUCAGGUCUAUCCUCAUGAUCAGCAAUAUGGACAUUCUUUCUUGUGUUGUUGUUUUCCACGUCUUAACUGGAAUUUAUGGAAAAGGUGAAGUCGCAAAUACAGUAAAUUGGCAUUGCAAAGGCUAUAAUGGCGUCGACGAGUUGUUUUUAUGCAUUCAUAGAAACUUUAACAACGAAAACGACUGCAUGGAAAAAAUAAAGAUGGUGAUUCAAACCGCUAUGCAUAAGAAUAUAACUAAGGAAUGUUUGGUGGAGCAGUCAAAACUUCCAUGUACAAAAUGCGCUGGAAACAACAGCUGCACGAUGAAGGACUGCAGAGAAUUAUUGUCUGUUUUCAUAGAAGAAUUACAGAAUCGGCAUAAGCGGCGCGCUAAUGAUAUAGGUUCACUAAACUCCGAUGAUGCUACAUCCGGUGAAUCAGACGACGAAAACAAAAGUAUGAAUAAAAAAGAAAACAGAGGAGUUGGUGAAACCGAACAAUGCGAAAAAACUACAAUUGACCAAAUAUUUAAAGUUGGAGCGAUAGUUGGUAUCUCAGUUGGAAUAACAAGCACAAUCAUAUUAUUUCUGAUCAUACUGGCUAUUAUUUAUGUAUGCAGACGAAGAUCAAAGAAAAAGAAAAGAAAGAACACGACAAGACUACAGCCUAUCGACCAAAGAUUUGAGAUGACAAAUCUAAAUAGUAGUACAUCCUGUACAAACAAGGAAGAAUACAAUAUUCUUUCUACAAACAAAUCUUUAAACACUUACAAGGCACAAGGCGAGUACUUUGUUCUCGAUUCCUCCAUUACGAAAUAUGAUAAAGACUUGAGGAACCGGAAAUUACCAGAAAUAAAAAGAUGCAGUAGUACAGAUGGUGAUGAGAGUGUCUACUAUGAAAUUGAUGAAGACAAAAUGAAAUCUUCGACAGAUUUGGAGGGCGUUCACAAGAAGCAAAUAAAAGAAGGUAGAACUCAAGGUUCUCUCCGUAGUUAUCGGACCAAAGAUCUAUUAGGAUCAACGAUGAAAAGCGAACAACUUAUAAGACUAAUAUCUGAUGACCAACGAAUUGAGAUGGCAACUCUUGAAAGGAAUCAAUCUAGUACAAAAAAGGAAGUAAACAUGGGUAUUGCUACAAACACCGUCGAGGCACAAGGCGAGUACUUUGUUCUCGAUCCCUCAGUGACGAAAUAUGACAAAGACUUGAGCAGUCGGGUCUUACAAGAAGAUAAAAAAAUAAAUGUUUCAAAGGGUGAAGAGAAAGUUUACAAUAAAAUUGAGGAAAAUGAAACAGAAGCCUCAAAAGAUGGGUUGACAAAACACCAGAAGCAAAUUGAAGAAUUUCGAGAUAUAGCUAUUUACCAUACUGAUCUCACCAACAAUCAAAACCAAUUACGGUUUGACAAUACAACUUACGAUGCGACAUCAAAGGUAGAUGUUCAUAUCUACUAGGACAUAAUACUGUAAUGGCAAACAUAUAAUUUAAAAGUGUUGAUAUGUAUCAUACACAAUUGUUUUCAUUUUGCCUAUGUUAAGAUGAGAUUUUCUGACAUUGUUAUCUAUAAUAACAAUCAUGGACCGUUCAAAAUAGAUUUGUUUAUGAAGAAUGAAUAUAAUUAUAUUAAAUUUGUUUAGCGCAUUCAUCAUUAAUUGCAUCACUGUAAAGCACAAAUACUGUAUACAUUUUCCUUUUCCUAAUUUUAGACUUGCUAGUAAUGCUUACUUAUGCCUGUACCAAGUCCAUAAUAGGACAGUUGUUUUCAUUGGUUUGAUGUGCUUAAG